AUGGCUUUAAUUGACAGUGAGGCUUCGCUCAAACAAAGGUGCCUGCCCGUGGAGGGGGAUGACUCCCUUUUCGAGUCUCUAAAGGCCAAUGGAGUGAAGACGCUGCGUCAGUUGGCAUUUGCACUGGGGAGCCCACAAACUCCACCGUCCGAUGAUUCUCUGAAGGACCUUGCGGCUAAGGUUUACAAGUGUGCCGAGGGUACUCAGCCUACGAUCGGACAAAUUGCAAAUGUUCGCAUGCUUAUCUUCGAGGCCUCUACACUUGUAGUGGCACAGUUGCGAGCACAGGCGACGGCGGAUGAUUCCGAUCUUGCAGGUCGCAAGCUGCCGCAUGUUGAAAAGCAAGCGCGUUUGACCUCGCAGAAGGCCCGACUUCCCGGGCUGCUGAUAGAGGGAGAGCUGCAGCCCAGCUACGCGCUGGUAGAUGCUUGUGCCCUGAUGUCAGAGUCGAACAGCAUUACUUGGAUCAGCCCCUCGCGUUGCACUAAGCGUGAUGCUGAGGUGCAACAGCUAGGGAAAGAGAAAACCUCGUUGGUACAAAUUGAGGCAGGCACCUUGAAGGUCAGUUCGAGCAGCAAGUUGCCUGAUGCUGAUACAACCACUGCCUUGCAGCUUCUGUAUUGCUUCCAGACGCGAGGGUUGGCAUUGGAUCAGUGCAGCCUCAUCGGCUGGUCGGACCAUGAGUGGUACGUACAGAGCCUUAUGUCCUAUCUUCAUGGAGAGCCGGUGUCAGGAGCCAGGCCCGCGAUCGCCCAGGUCAUUCGGGCAGACCGGGAGGCUUGGACACUGAUGAGCCGUGAGAUCGAGGGACCAAUUGGGGUGAAGGAUGCGGCUGGCGAGCUGGUGAUGGCGGCUGCUUUGAGGCGGUUGGCCAAAGACCCUCGCGUAGUCGUUCAUCUUGUUACGGCACCGCAGCCGCAGAAAGUCGCUCCACCGCCUUCCAUCCCUACCGACUCGGCUGCUGCUGCAGCGUUGGCUGAGAAGGAUACCAAGAAGAAGAAGCGCAAGCGUCUUACCGGUCUUGUACCGGAGUCUUUGAAGGGAUGUGUCACCAAGAUCAAGGUUGAGGAGACUCCCGCUGCCUCGAGUGAAGCUUCGCGAGCCUCGAGUGAUGUGGAGUCUCUUGCCGCGUCAAUUUUGCAAACGCCUGCUCCUUUCGAUAAUUCUUCGCUGUCGCAGCUGAUUGAGCUGCUGCCGAUGCAAAGCCCCCCACGGGGGAGUGUUGGAUGCUCCUUCGCUGCCGGGGCGUAUGCAAAAGGGGGUCUGUAUGGCCUUCACUCAAAUACCAAUCUUUUUCCAAAUGUGUGCGCUGUCUUUGCGGCGCAAAUCCGGAGUUUGGCUCCGGGCGAGUGCUUUACAAGCUUUGUUAUUCUAGAUGACUGUUCCGCCGAGGUGCAUCGCGAUUCCAACAACGACGACUCCCACUGCAACAUCCUGCUGAAGUUGUCCGAGUUUCAGGGCGGGGCCGUUUGGGUAGAGGGUGAUGGUGACAUUGAGGUGACUGAUCCAAAGGGACGCGUCUUGAAGGGUCAUGAGUUGUCUUGGGAAAACAACAAAAUCACUUUGGAUGCGAGGAACUUGUAUCAUGCUACACUCCCCUGGACGGGGCGACGACUGGUGCUGGUAGGAUACCACGUCAGGGACUUCCAAAGACUGCCGUGUGACGAUCGCCAGAGGCUGAUUGACAUCGGCUUUCAGUGUCUACCACUUGACUUGGGCAACGACUUGGAGAGCUUCCAAAAACUUGUCGAGGCCGAGAAAAAGCGACUCGCUCUUGUCUGGUGCGAGCUGCCGUCUCAACCGUGCUCCUCUUGGGCAGCAAAUCUUUGCGCCUUGGGUGAGCUUGCCGCCAGUCUUGAAAUUCCCUUUGUCAUAGCGGGUUCUCCAAAAUCGCAAUUUUGGGAUGAUCCAUUCGUCCUUCAGCUGAUUCAAAGUUUCCCUUUGCAGUUGCACCGAUGUGACCUGUGUUGUCAUGGUGACGGCCGCCCUCGGCCUUACCAAAUGGCCACUGCACAAGGGGAUUGGUCAGCCUUGGCCCUCAAGUGCUCGGGCUUGCAUUCACACGCACCGUGGGUGCCGCGAAAGACUGGCGAUCCGCCUCCAGGUUUGCCCAGUCUUUUCUGUCAACGUGUCAUCGCCAAAGCCAAAGCUGCCCUUCUCCAGUCAGGAGUUCGUGAGUUUGGCACGGUUUCUCAAACUCGAGAGUCCGAUUCCACCUUCGAUGGCAGGUUGGCGUUGAACGCCUUGCCGCGCGGCCGACGCAACCCUGCUUUAGUGCAAGAGUUUGUAUCCUUCAAGUUCGUGGCUGUGCCUGCUGACCCGCCGUCGGCCGAUGAAUCUUUACUUGCUGGACUGCCUAAAGGAGCUCGGGUCUUGUCUCGCCUGACCUUUGAUGGGGGCUACGAAGAGGCUUGUAAGACCUUGAGCAUAUCCUCCGGUGAAGUUUCCAUUGCAGAUGGCAAAUCAGAACUGCUUGAAGGUGAGUUGAUUAGAAUUGGCCUGCCUUCCGAACCCAAAGCCUUCGUGCAAAGAGCAGUGCAAGCCGGCCACCCUAGGGACGGAAGUGCACAUGUCUCAAAGCUUGUCGUAAAUGCAAUCAAAGCGAACUUCAGCGACCCGCCGGCGCAAACUGUCACCUCUCGUGCUGCUGCUCUUAAACAUUGGACUGCACGAGCCAAGCAAUUAGAGCAGAAAGAGGAGGAGUUACACCGGAGUUUGCCAGAGCACCUUCGUUGUCUGCUGGAGGGCAAACGGUUGCUCUUGUGGCAAGAAAUGCACGAAGCAGCUGGAUCUCCAGAUGACCAGCUAAUCACCCACAUGUGUGAUGGAUUUAAGUUGUCUGGUUGGUUAUCGCAGGGUCUGAAUCAGUCGACGAUUGCGAAAAUGCGUGUCCGGCAGGAUGAAGACUUGGAAAAGGCAACUUGGCAGGAAACUGAGAAGGAACUGCAAAAGGGUUGGAUUUUUGCUGACACAAAAAGUUGCAUAGAGCUUUGCGCUCUGGCCCGCAGAUUUGGAAUCAGACAGCUUGACAAAGUGCGUGUCAUAGACGAUGCCAGCAUUUGUGGCAUCAACGCUACCGUUGGCUUGAAGUAUGGUUUCCAAAUGCAUUCCAUUGAUAGAUAUGCUGCGUGGAUCUCCAAGGCGCUACGCAUCAAUGAGGGCAGACUGCCUGCCUGCAAAGGUCGUGUAUACGACCUUAAGAGUGCGUACAAACAGUUUGGAAUCCAUCCUACAGACAGGGAGCUUUUCAGAUUUGCAGUUAACAAACCAGAAGAGGCGGAGCCCAUGAUUAUGGGAGCAAACUCCUUACCGUUCGGUGCGGUGGGAAGUGUUGCUGCUUUCCUCCGUAUCUCGUUGAGCAUCUGGCUGAUAGGAGUGAGGCUGUUCAGUAUCUUCUGGACCGCAUUCUUCGAUGACUACGGAGUCACGACUCGCGAUGAGCUUGUUGCCAACACAGACUCUUGCAUAUGUGCCAUUUUUGAUCUUCUUGGAGUUGAAUUUGCUCGGGAGGGCAAAAAGGCACCACCGUUCUCACGAGAAUUUAAACUGCUUGGAGUCAGAGUCGAUUUGAAUGAUGCACCUCGGGGGAUUGUGCGAAUCGGCAACACUGCCGAGCGUCGCGAAGAACUGAACGUGUUCAUCGCAGACAUCUUGCGAGCCAAUUGUCUCGACCUUAAGACCGCUGAAAGGCUCCGAGGCAGGUUGGUGUUUUUCGAAGGGUUUGUUUUCGGGCGAAUGUCGAAUUCGGCCAUCCGAACUGUGGAUCGAGCGGCCAGGGCGGGACUCACUUCGAAGAGGCUGCCCGAGGAUGUUAGAAAGAGCCUCGUUGUCAUUCGCGAGAGGCUGAGGGUGGCUGAGCCUGUGACCAUCGCUACCAAAAACCAUCACUCUUGGCUUAUCUUCACAGAUGGAGCCUGCGAAGGCGAGAAGAAGCUAGGAUCCAUUGGAGGAGUGAUCGUGGGCUUGAGUGGCCAUCCGAUAUCCUUCUUCAGUGAGCAAGUCCCACAGGAUAUCAUGAAGAUCUUGUUGAGCAACUCGCAGAAUCCCAUUUUCGAACUUGAACUUCUGCCGGUCCUAGUUGCUUAUAGGCUCUGGGGCCAGUGGUGCAGAUUUUCUCAAGCCGUUUUUUACUUGGAUAAUGAAGGUGCUCGCCAUUCGAUAAUAGCCGCGGGAGGAGGCGCCGACCUCGCUCGUGUGAUUAUCGAUGGCAUCCUCUCGAAGGAAACUUCCCUUCAAAUCCACGCAUGGUACGCCCGUGUACCUACGCAUAGCAACAUUGCAGACUCCCCGAGCAGAGGUGAGUACGAAGGUCUCUUGAACAUUGGACACAUGACAUCGAGCAGUGCCGAAUGGACAAAGGUGGAUGAUUUUGUCGAAUCCCGUGUGGAAGGUUCACGGCGUUCCACGGCUUACAGGCCACCAGUGGGCAAUCAAGGCAGACCGUCGAGUCGGACUUCGCAGGCAGAGCGUGACAUGCGCGAAGUUGUCAAAGCCCGCAAGUCUUACAACUUGGGCAGUGAUGGAGGUGCAGGCGAAUUCGCAGGUGCCCCACGCCCUUCUUCCAGUACCCCUCGCAAAUCCAACAUGACGACGACUGACGAAGGUGAGCCUGACCUGUCGGACGAGUCGGAUGCCGACACAGAGGUCUUCGUGUCAGAUGACGAAAGCUGGAGAAAGGUUGCUGAGGUCUUUGGAAAUGUGCCGAGCCAGCAUGCCACGCAAAGUGAUGGAGCAGGUGCUUGGCGUCUUUCGAGGACGAGUGACGCUGGUUCAACAGUACGCAAGUCCCAGAACUACAACGCGCAGGGAGGUGGUUUUCGACCUUCGAUUUCCAGAGGGUCUCAGUACCAGGGCCGCGGCGAUGAAGGUGAUUUACGGCGUUCGACUGCCCGCAAUUCUGAAAGUUUGAGGCCCGGUGAAGGUGAUGUGCGUCGUUCGAUUUCCCGCAAGUCGGAAAGUUCGAGGCCUGACGAAGGUGAUCUUCGAUAUUCGACUGCCAGGCGUUCUCAAUACCAGGGCCACGACGACGAAGGUGACGUGCGUCGUUCCAUUGCCCGCAAGUCGGAAAGUUCGAGGCCCGACGAAGGUGAGCUGCGUCAGUCGAUGGCCAGGCGCUCUCACUACCCGGGCCUAGACGAAGGUUUGCCCGGUGAUGUACGACGUUCGAUUGCCCGCAAGUCUCAAAGUUCGAGGCCCGACGAAGGAGAUGCACGUCGUUCGAUUGCCCGCAAGUCCGAAAGUUCGAGGCCCGACGGAGGUGAGCUGCGUCAGUCGAUGGCCAGGCGCUCUCACCACCAGGGCCCAGACGAAGGUUCGCCAGGUGAUGUGCGACGUUCCAUUGCCCGCAAGUCGGAAAGUUCCAGGCCCGACGAAGGUGAGCUUCGACAGUCGAUUACCAGACAGUCUCAGUACCAGGGCCACGCCGACGAAGGUGAUGUGCGUCGUUCGAUUUCCCGCAAGUCGGAAAGUUCGAGGCCUGACGAAGGUGAUCUUCGAUAUUCGACUGCCAGGCGUUCUCAAUACCAGGGCCACGACGACGAAGGUGACGUGCGUCGUUCCAUUGCCCGCAAGUCGGAAAGUUCGAGGCCCGACGAAGGUGAGCUGCGUCAGUCGAUGGCCAGGCGCUCUCACCACCAGGGCCCGGACGAAGGUUUGCCCGGUGAUGUACGACGUUCGAUGGCCCGCAAGUCUCAAAGUUCGAGGCCCGACGAAGGUGAGGUUCGCCGUUCGAUCGGCCGCAAGUCAGAAAGUUCGAGGCCAAGCGAAGGGCACACCCACCGUGCCAGUCGUAAUGGGGACGAAGGAAGUGCGGCUGGAUUCUCUCCUUCGUCCAGGAAGUCAGACUAUGGCAUGGGAAAUGCAGGCCGACGAGCUUCUCGCCGCAGCACGCGGCUGUCGGAAGGUUCUGAGCAGCGAAUGUUGUCCCAGCCGCCGGUGUCACCGGACUCCACCGAGACAGAGCUUUUCACUGGUGAUGGCCAAGACGGCUUUCAACGCAAAUCGGAGGUCCGUCCUCCCGAGCGACCCACCGAACUGACACUCGUUCUUGAUGCAGACAAUAUCGACGAGAUGAAGUCCAUCGUCUGGAAAUUCACCGAGCAAGGGGCUUGCGUGAAGGCCCUCAACAAGCACUGUCCCAAGGCUGAACCUGAGGACAUUCGAGCUGGUGAUAUCUUGAUGUUCAUCAAUGAGGAGUUUGUCUUGGAUACGGAAAAGAAGAUCACCCAACGAAUUUGGAAAGAUGAGCAGCUGGAAAAUCAGUUCCUCACCCUGCGUUUCCGGGCGUGGGGAUGA